GACAUCUGCUCUUCACAUGAAUGCACUCACCUCCUAGAGAACAGCCCGCCAUCAUGCUCUGGAAACUGGUCGAAAAUGUCAAGUAUGAAGAUAUCUACGAGGACCGCCACGAUGGCGUGCCCAGUCACAGCUCUCGGCUGUCCCAGCUGGGCUCGGUCUCGCAGGGACCCUACUCGAGCGCCCCUCCGCUGUCUCACACCCCGUCCUCGGACUUCCAGCCGCCCUACUUCCCGCCGCCCUACCAGCCGCUCCCCUAUCACCAGAGCCAGGACCCUUACUCCCAUGUCAAUGACCCCUACUCCCUGAACCCUCUGCACCAGCCCCAGCAGCACCCUUGGGGGCAGAGACAGAGGCAGGAGGUGGGCUCGGAGACCGGCUCGCUGCUGCCCCAGCCGCGGGCGUCGCUGCCUCAGCUCUCGGGACUGGACCCCAGGCGGGACUACCACUCGGUCAGGCGGCCAGACGUCCUGCUCCACUCGGCUCACCACGGCCUGGACUCCGGCAUGGGCGACGCGCUUUCUCUCCACGGCAUCGGGCACCCGGGGAUGGAGGACGUCCAGUCAGUAGAAGAUGCCAAUAACAGCGGCAUGAACUUGUUGGACCAGUCUGUCAUCAAAAAAGCCCGAUCCUAUGUAUGUUUACUCGGAAGUAAGUCCCAGUGUGUUCAACGGCGCUUACUCCCAGUUCCAGUUCCUCCAAAAUCUGUAACUUCCCUGAUGAUGAACAAAGACGGCUUCCUUGGUGGCAUGUCUGUGAACACAGGCGAAGUAUUUUGUUCAGUACCUGGGCGGCUCUCCUUGCUCAGCUCAACUUCCAAGUACAAAGUAACUGUUGGAGAAGUUCAAAGGCGCCUCUCACCCCCAGAAUGUUUGAAUGCCUCGCUUCUUGGAGGAGUACUUAGAAGAGCCAAAUCGAAAAACGGGGGCAGAUCGUUGCGAGAGAGGCUAGAAAAAAUCGGCUUGAAUUUGCCAGCCGGCCGGCGCAAAGCGGCAAAUGUCACCUUACUCACCUCCCUGGUGGAAGGAGAAGCUGUACAUUUAGCUCGGGAUUUUGGAUACAUCUGUGAAACUGAGUUCCCAGCCAAAGCUGUUUCUGAGUACCUGAACAGACAGCACACAGACCCUACUGAUCUCCACUCCAGGAAGAAUAUGCUGCUUGCCACAAAGCAACUUUGUAAAGAAUUUACGGAUCUCUUGGCCCAGGACAGGACACCCAUUGGCAAUAGCAGGCCCAGCCCCAUUUUGGAACCUGGGAUUCAGAGCUGCUUGACUCACUUCAGCCUCAUCACUCAUGGCUUUGGGUCCCCAGCCAUAUGCGCUGCCCUGACUGCUCUCCAGAACUACCUGACUGAAGCUCUCAAAGGCAUGGACAAGAUGUUCUUGAACAACAACUCUGCUAACAGGCACACUUCUGGGGAAGGACCAGGUAGUAAAACUGGAGACAAGGAAGAGAAGCACAGAAAAUGAAACAAAAACAAAAAACAAGGAAGCUAAUGAAAUUAGGGGAAAAAUAAAUAAAAGGAAAAGCAGAGAGAGAAAUCUUUUUAAACAAACAUUUUAAUUUUAGCUUUAAAAUAUUGGAUUGGGCUUUGGAAGAAUUAUACUAGGUAGGUCACACCCACAUUAUUUUAUUUUAAAGGAAGUAAGGUCAGAGACGCACAAUGGAAACAGGAACACAGAGGCUCAGUGGCUUUUGCAAAAGAACUUUUGAAGACAACUUCAAGGAAUUUCUACUUCUGUUCUCCUGCAAUCUUUUUGUGAUAAUUGGGGAGGGUGUGUGUGAAAAAUGUCAAUAGUAGGUAAAAACAAUCAAUAACUUAUUGGAAGAAUCUUUUUGAUAAUGUUGAUAUGUUGGCUGAGAUACAUAGUCUGUUUCUGUAUAAUUGUUAUUUUUCAAAAAAAAAGUCUAUCUAAAGUAGAAAAAUCAAAAAAACUAAGGGAUAGAUUUAUUUUAUAUGGGACUGUCCCAUUCAGAGCAAAGUGUCCUGUUUUCAGCUCAGACCAACUGUAGCCCCCUGACUUGGGUGAUGUCUUGCCAUUGCCACUCUGUGUCAUCAGAAUACCCAGGCCUAAGCUCUACCAAUAGUCUCCGGCUUGCAGAUUUCUUCACAGUGGGUUGAGGUAGCAGGAAAUGAGAGCUCUGGGUCUGUUUAGAGCAGUGCAUUUGCAUCUAACAAGUUCACAUUCUGAUGAAGUUAAAACGAUACUUACUUGGAAGAGUAUUUCAAAUAAGGUUAGCUAAAAAGACAGUUAUCGAGUGUCCCUAUUUCAAUACAAACUACCUAAAUUUCUGGGCUUACUGAAAACUAGAUACUUUACAUAUUUAUUCCUAAAAUUCUGAAGCUGCAACUUUGCAAGUUUCACUGGCUGUUAGGAUGUGUAAAGUUUGCAUACAGGAUCCAAUGAGAUUUUGAUAACAAGGCGGUGAACUAACUUGGAAUUAGGUGGUAACCUCCAGCAUAACAUUUUUUUUAAAAAAUGGAGAUGUACAUGUGAAAAAACGUUAUACAGGAAUGCAAAAGCUCUGAACACAAGAGGGGAAGCAAACUACAUUCUCCUGCUUCUGGGUGAUUCUUUUUAAAACCAAUAUGCACAUUUUGCAUUCAUAUAUAACUUUUUUUAUGUAUUUCUUCUCCAUGAAGGUCAAAUGCUACAUCAGAACUGAUCCUAUGUUUGACCUAUUUCCAAGUCCAGUUGCUGCAGUCUGACAAUCCCUUGUAGAUGCAGGACUUCAGAUGUACACACAAAUCUCUCCUGUUUGCAAGAGUUUCCUUUGCAUUGCAAUGAAACCACCUAUCUCAUUUGAGCAGAUAGCUCAGUGGGCCCCACGAGAGUUGUACAUGGAGGUGUGCCACUGAAGUGAACGGGAGCUUCUUGUGUGCAUUCAAGUGCAGAGAACUGGCUGUUCUAAGACUGGGAACAAUAUGCUUAAGACAGAGGUGCCAGUCUGCUAAUUGUUACUCUGAAUGGAUAUUGGCUAAUUCUCAACAAUUCAGUUUGCUCUUUUUAAUAUGUCUCAGACUGCUCUCUCUCUCUCUCUUUUUAAAGAAGUAUUAGUAACAGGAAUGUCUUGAUGAGUAUGUGAUUUCCUUCUCAGGAGUAUGUACCCUUUUUAUUUUCUUCUGUUUCCCAAAGCUUUGCCCGCUUGGCUUAUGAGCUUCUUCAAAGAGGACUAGAACUCCCUACACAUUUCAUCAGGUACAGAGAUGAAAAUCCACAAUUCUGACACUUUUCUUUUCAAAUCAAAGCCAGUUGUUUUGGAAUUCUGCACGUGUACUUCUUUAAAGAAGCUCAAAGGGAAUAGAUUAAGCAAGGCAAAGGCAACUGAAUGGGCAAUGUCAUAUUGAUAGGCAAAUGCUAAUUUAUCCAAUAUAUAGAAAAGAUUUGGGGAGGGCCAAUAAUAUUUGAUGCACAGAAUAACACAGGUUUGCUAAGUGUCUUUAGAGGAGAAGGAGGGGACUGAAGGUAAAGAGGAUUCUUGAGCAAUUUCCAGUAGCUUUGUUUAAGGAAAUCUCUUUCCCCCAGGUUAUUAAAUGAGUUUUGCCGUUCUUGGUUUAGAAAAAAACACACAUGUCUUGGGAUGAGGGAAAUCAACCAAAUUCCAAGCAUUUGCAGAAAUUUAAGUGCAUUACAGUAUAUUUUAUAAAUGAGAUUUUUAAAAGCUCCCCCCCCCCCUGUUCGGAAUACCUACUAAAGUUAUACUUCAGUGAAAGAAGAUGAAUUUUACCUUGCAUGUUAUCAGCUUGGAAAUACCUUGUUGACUUGAUAAUGGCUAUGGUGUUCCAUGCAUUUUGAAAAAUCACUUCCCUUUUGUCACAACAGCUUAUGUCUAUACAUCAUUUUGACUUAACAUACUGAAUUCAUGCUAGGAGACGGGAAUAGGAUAAACACAUUACCAUGGCUGUAACUUCCAUUAUUUUUGGUAGAACUUUGUUCUCCUUAAGUGAACACUUAUGAAUGGGGUGCAUCUGUUUCACAGGGUAGUGUUUUACAUUUGGAAUUCAGUUUUCAAAAGCAAUUUGGGUCCAUGCAGUUUCUAAUUUUAAAAAUAUGAAGGGUUAUUUCUCACAAUGUAAACUUUAAGAGUACAAGAAGUGACCAGUGCCCUAAUUGAAAUGGCUGCACAUGUCUGUUUCACCAUGUGUAUAAAUAUUCAACACAUAUUCAGCAUAUAGCAGAACCAUGCAGCCAACUGGGGUUCUGUACGGCAUAUACACACAGUGAAAUAUGCAUGUGUAGUUGCUUGAAACAUGAAGACAUACAUUCUGAAUUCAUCACCUCCUGUGUUCCAAACAGUAUCAUGCACAAUGCAACUGCUGAAUUAUGUACACUGUGUUUUAGAACUGGUCCCUAAGAUCUUAUUUCCAACCUUUAUAAACCAUAAAGUACUUGAAAUUAAGCCAAUACUUUCCCAUUGGAUAUUUCUGCCUGCACCGUGAAGUAAACUGUGUGUUGUUAUUUGUAAUCAGACAUAUUCAGAAGGCGAUUAACUUGGAGUAGCUGUCUAUUGGAUGUGAUCAAUUAUCUAGGAAGCAGGUUUAAUCAAAAUGAGUAGAACUUCCAAUGGGCCUUGGUCUAAAUCGAAGUAUUUCAGUUCAGCUGUGAGUGGAGCUUUACACACUGAUCCUAAAUGCACACCUGUAUGCAUGGGGAUUUGCAACAUUGCCAAGUUAUGGUGCUGGUCCUCAAGUUGCUAAUUUUAGAAUGUCACUAGAACAAAUUAUGCAGGAGAGACUGAGCAUAGUACUCUACAGCAGUAUUGGAACUCAGACUGUCAAACAAUUCAUGAAAUGAGUUGAUUAAUCAUAUGAGUUUUAGUUGAUUCAUUGAUUAAAUGUUGGCCAAAACAAUUGCCAUGAAGCAAGAAGCAUAGGUUUGCUUUUAGAUAGUGGACACCAUCUUAUCUGAUGCAUUUUCUCCUAUUUGAGAGAAAAGCAAGAAUUAAGAUGAUGUUUAAUAUGGUGUAUUGUUUUAAUACUUUCCAAAGAAUCAGGAAACGUUUAAAAUAUUAAUUGAUUAAAUUCAGGCCCCAUAGUUGGAACUACUAUUAGUGGGGCUGCUUUAGUUCAGUAACUUCAGGCACAUCCAACCAAAGUUGGUCCCAUUUAGUUUUGGGGAGAAUCAAGCAUAUGUUUAACUUGUUCCUAUUGAAAUCAAUGGGACUGUAAUGUGCUUAACGUUGACUAAACCUCACCCCAUACUUUUUUGCUUCCUAUAUUUCUGAAAUCUACAUUCUGUCUGUGUCUUUUGUACACUAUACCAUCUCAAAAGAAGGAGGAAGAAAGUAAACACACCUUUAUUUGCAGUUGUUACCCUAAAGGGCACUUUUGAGGAGCUGAAGACAGCUGCGAUAGUAAUUAAUGCUUUCCUGUUCUCAUAUUUGUUAGCUCUGACUCCGUACACUAUCUUGGACAAUUUAUAAAUGUAACAAAAUCACCUUUAUGCAUCACAAGAAUAAUUUACUAUGUUUCAGUCCACUGAUCUGAACAUGCUGUGCACAAGAAAGAACCCAAACUUAAUAUCUUUAAAAAGGCCACCUGAAGAAAUAUUUCAGUGACUAAAAAUAAAAUAAAAUAAAAUAAAAUCUAGGAUAAUUAUUAACACUGAACUGAGGGAAACAUUGUGGCACAAAAAGCAGAAAAUCUACAAAGUUAAAUGAGAAGAUGUUUUGUCCUAAUUGUAAAUAGGGAGCAAAAUCUUUCUAGUUUAUACCGCAGACAUGUUCACCCUCCAAACUUAAACUUGCAAACUUUGUGGACAACAAUGCAAGGAACCCUAAGAGAGAUAUUAUACAGAAGUCUUAGCUCUCUUCAAAACCGUAUCGACCAAAUAUAUUUCUUUCUUUUUGUUAAUCAGCAGCCAAUUGUACUCAAACUGUCCUUAGGAUGUAGGUACUGAGGCGGCCCCUGUGGUGCCCCCUCCAGAUGCUGUUGGACUGCAACUCCCAUCAGUCCUGAUCAUUGGCCAUGUGGAGUAGGGCUGGUUGGUUUUGUAGUCUAGCCACAGCUGGGAGGCACCAUGUUGGCUGCUCAGUGGUUACAACACAUCACAAGACGGAAGCAAAUCUCAGGGUUCUCCUGCCUCCUCUUCAUUUUUCAUUUUCCCCAGUUAAAGCAUCUGUGUUUACAAAUUCUUCCUUGGCAUUGACACUAGAAUGGAGCUUAGAAUCCUAAAAUCAUGGAGCAGUGUGCACAUGCUGACCGAAAACCAUAGGGCUGGGGUUGCCAACAUGGCACAGAAGUGCCCUUAAUAAUAGCCAGUGGCACUCACAAAGUCUCUGAGACCCCUCCCCCACUGACUGUCCUCUUUGUCAUCAGGUGGCAUAGCUUAUUACCUCCCCCCGCCACUUGAAAAGCCUAUAGAGGAAGGAGGAUGUUGGAAGAGCCUUAGCUCUUUCCUAUUUCUGUUUCAGCUCCAUGUGCUUCUUAAGGCUCAGGUGAACAUGUGAACAAAAAGUCGAGCAACCAAGAAGGCAGGAGGGACAGGAGAGCCAUCUAGGAGACGGGGGCAGGAAAGGAGAAUAGCCAGAGGGGAUAAAGUGGUGCACCACAGGAGCUGGGGGAGAAAAUGCCACAGCAUGAAAGCAUGGACCCUAGGCAUACUGGAUACUCAUAUUUUUACACCUUUCAGAAUGUGUCCACAGCUGUGUUCUGUGAUUUGGGUGUGUUUGUUGGCAUCCUGUGUAAAAACCGUGAAGAUCUGUGCCUUCGAUGUUUUUGUAGUGCUGGAAAGUACCGGAUCUGUAAUUUUUUUUUACUGUGUAGUCUGCCACUGUAAGCUUUCACUUCUUGACUGUGCUUUUGUUGGGAGGGGGUACGCAGGGUAAAUUCAUGGAAAUUCAAGAGGCCCUUUAAAAAUUCUGCUGGAACCAACUUUAACUCUGACCUGGAAAGACUGAACCAGGGAGGGAAGGAGAGAAGCAGCCACAGAGGAUGUUGCCCACAGAACUCUCUCAAAAUCCCCAAUAUGCCUGUGGACCCAAAAAUCUUGGUGAUGCCUGCCCAUAGGGACGUAUACCAAUUCUGAGCAUUACUCCAUUUAACUCACUACUGUCUAUAGCAGCUUUCCCAAAACUAGUGCCCUCCAGCUGUUGUUGAACUAUAAUUCACAUCAUUCCUCACCGUCAGCCAUACUGGCUGGGGCUGAUGGAGAGUGGAGUCCCACAACAUUUGAAGGACACUAGGUGAGGCAAUACUGAACUGUACGGACUGGCAAUCUCCAGGGUUUCAGACAGGAUUCUUUCCCAGCCUUCCUGAAGAUGACUGGGAUGGAACCUGGGACCUUUUGUGUGCACCCAGCAUGCACUACCAGUGAGCUACAUCUCUUCCCUACACUUUAUAAUAGUUUUAAUCCUUAUUUCCAGUGUGCACUCAGUUGUCUCUGCUGCUAAAAGCUGAUAAUCUGACUCCUCUUUCUCUAAAAGUUAUGUAUGUUGUUUUUCCUCAAAGAAACCAUAUUUAUCCAGUUUCAUAGAUACCUUGAGUAUGUGGAGAGUCUAUAUAGUACUGGAAAUUUAAAGGGGCACAUUAUAUAUACCCUGGCCUGGCUUGCUGCAACAGCAGCAUUUUAAAAUAAUGACCAUCUACAUACCUGGGGAUAAAUGGCUGCCAUCUUAAAGUCAUUCAUGAAUAAAUUCCAUUGGUCUAAAUGAGAUUUAUUCAUGGAUAAAUGAUAACUCUUGGUACUUUUUUAUUAAAAAGACAAGCAAAAAAACCAACAACCCAUGAAGUGAAUUUAAGCAUCUCCAGUCUCUGCAAACAACAUGGCACCUAAGCACAGCCUUUACAGUUCUGCUGACCACCUAAAAGGAUUUACAUAGCAUCACCAAUUCUUGGGUCUUGCUUCCUACAUUUCAAGGGAUGUUGCUAUACCAUUCAUUUGGGUACCUCCAUAAAUUGCAUUUAUGGCAUCUAGUGGUGGUGGAGGAGGAGCAUAAGAAGUUGCCUCUGCCACUAUCAUCCAGGCAGCUGGAAAAACUUGAGCAUUUUCAUUUUAGAGUGGAGAACCUAACUGAUUGCCAGCAACGUCCACCAAAACAUUAAGUUCUAGACAGGGAUGCCAACUGAGCAAAACCCCCCCAAAAACUACUCUGGCCUGCUUGUGAACCCGCAACAGCUACCUGGUAUGCGGGAAUGAGUAGAAGUGUGAGAAGAUGAAACAUAUCACUUAUUAAUUCUCACAUAUUAAGUUGCUACUAAAGGCACAAGUACCAGGGCUGGUACAAAAGCUGGCAACCCUAGUCCCAGAUAAUCAUUUCUACUUAAAAGUAAUGGAAUUAAAAGCUAUGAUUUACACACACACACACACACACACACACACACACACACACACACACACAGUGGUGAUGGCUGGUAGUAGCAGAUAGCCACUGAUAACCUUGCUGAAUUUGUAUACAACCUUUUUAAUGGCAGAGCUCCUGUGCCUGUUGAUUAAUGGAAAUCCAGAAUGGGAAGUUUUCCCUUUGCUGCAGCUGCCUGCUGGGGAUACUUUACCUGUUCAAUUUCUACCUGCCUCUAUCAUUAAUGGGGCUAUUAAAGGAAGGGGUGGGGAGAGCUGACCAGGUAAGCUUCUUAUAAAUUUUCAUAUUUAUUCAGGGCCUGUAGACACCUACGUUUCUCAUGAGGUGUACACCUAAGAAACAGGUUUUGCCCCUCACUGGAGAGCCAGAGUUAAUCUCAGUGGCAAAAUUGUUUUUAUUGUUGAGUAACAGGUAAAAUGGCUCCUAGUUUCCAAAACUUGAAAGUGCUGCAUAACUAUUAGUAGUGCAAUCUUACACAUGUCUACUAAGAAGUAAGUUGCACUGAGCUCAAUGGGGCUUGAUCCCAGUUACAUAUUUAUAGGAUUGCAGCUGAAAUUACCAUGCAUUUCCAAUGUCCUUUUUACACUCCCUCCCCCACAACUCCUGGUAAACAAUUUCCACUGUCCCUUCUUCAUUUCAUUAUCCUCUGACUUCCUUAUUCAUUCCGUCUCCUCCGAAAGGAACACACACACACACACACACACACACACACACACACACACCUCUGUCAUUUUAGGCUUAUGCUCCAUGCAUUUGACAAAGUGAAAUUUAGCCCAUGAAAGCUCAUGCCGUUAAAACAAAGCUGGCCUUUAGGAUGCCACAAGAUCCUUCAUUCUUUUUGCAACUCAGUAGAGGACACUUUUGCUAUCACUGCUGGAAAAAGCUUUGUUGGUUAGGUUUUUGCCAGUUAUACAACUGUCAAAUGUACAAAGACUCCAUACUAUGGGAAGGACCCUAGUGAUCAAGAUUGCCCUGCUGUCAUAUUGGAAGCAAAUGGAUAAAUUGUGCCUUUUUAAACAAUGAGAAGUGAGGUUGUACUGUUACUUUUGCAUCCUUUCACUUGGGAGGGAUCUGGUUUAAAUAAAAAUUCAUUUCAAGGCUAUGCAUUUAGGAUCAUGAUGCGCUCAUGGACAAUAGUGCAGUGAUCCUGAUCUUAGUAAUCAAACUACCUAUUAUAUGCAGGCAGUGUGAUUUCUUACCCUCCACCCCAAACUUUAAAAAGAGAGAAAGAAAAGGGAAAUCAGUAAUCUUAUGGGGAGGGGGUGAAUAGAACCCUUUGAUCUCAUGACAAUUUGCCACUCAAAAUUGCCCCACUCAAGUGUCUCUCCAAUGUUAAUUACCCGGUAGGUAGUCUCCAUUCUUCACUAGGGAAAGAAGUCAGAGAGGUAAUUGCUUGCCCCAAGGCCAGAAUGAAGGAAGUUGAACUUGCACCUCUCACCUUUUCUGCUUUCCUGCUCAGCCCUUUUCUCCUCCUCUUCUUGGCACCUUCCAUUAAUACAUCUCUCUAGUGCCAUCUUUGCCAAUCUGGAUUUCUCCAGAUGUUUUGAACUACAGAUCUGGGCCACCACAGCCUGGGGCAGAUGGAAGCCGUAGCCUGAAUUAUCUGGAGAGCACCAGGUUGGGGAAGGGUGCUCUAGGAGGAGAGGCCUUGCAAAUAGUUGGAGAAACAAAGAACCCUUGAAGGAGAAGUGCAUAUGCCCUUGGCAAUGCCAUUUGCCCCUUUAGGAACAGAUACAAGAACAGCCAAGCGCCAGUGUCCAUUCAACUUUCCUUUUUGCUAGAUUAUCAGUUAGGCUGCAGCCUUAUGCCUGCUUUCCCUGGGAGUGAUCUACUUGCAUUUAACUGAGCAGGAUUUACUUCUGGCUAGGCAUGUAUACAGUUAGAUUGUUAGUUCACAGAGCACCAGUUCAGGGCUGAGCAUUACCAAUCCUGUGUCUGGUUGCUAAGUGACUUGCUCUCUUAGGAGUGUGCAGGAUUGCAGCUAAACAUCUGAAUAAACACACUUUUAGUUGAUUGCCUAAGGUGUUUUCUUGACUGUUUGGCCAACGUCCACCACCAGCCUCCCUCUGAGAACAAUGUAGGCCUCCCUAUGUGUCUAAUCAAACGCAAUUUUUCUCUUCUGAGUCAUGAUGAAAAUAAUUUCUAUUCCUCUUUUUUGGAGGGAGGGGUGUUCUUAAAACCCAUCUUGUUGAAUCAAUGCAUGUACAUAGUUUGUUUUGGGAUUUUUUAUUUUUAUUUUGAGGCCAUCAGCACUGAAUACCAUUUUCUGAAGGACAGCUCUGAUUAAAAUCAAUCUUCUACUCUUAACAUUUCAAUAUAUGCAAUUAAUGAAUUAAUGUUUUAAUUGCACUGAUGAAUGUUCUUGGCCAUGUUUAUAAAAUAUUAUUUCUCCUGGUUGACGUUUAUUCCAAUAUUAUAUCAUGCUCAUGUGUUGUUGUUUUUUUUAAAAAAGUUUAAAACAAUCAUGUGACUUAGAGAACUGCAGAUGGCUAAAGUCAACCUUCAUAGUGUAACCCUUUGUGUGCCAGCGUGUCUAUCGCCACUCUAUUAAGCUCAUUUAUGUGACAGUAAAUCACGUUGCAUUCAGUGGGUUACACAUUCCAGCAAUGAGUUUUAGGAAGCAAGGUUUGAAGCUGAAAUUAUAAGACAAAUAGAUAUACCGAAUAUAGGAGUGUGAAAUCUACAGUCUCUCCUUUCUAUGCCAAAAUCGAGUCCUUUAUUUAAAUCAAAGCAAAACCAACAUCUACUCUUCUUGAAUAGUCUUUCCAUAAAAAUGAAAAAAUGUCAUCGGUUUUAGUGACUCUCAGAAAAGAAGGGGGGGCAAACGCGGAGAGGCAUUCAAUGAUGAGUUUGUAUAUAUUUAUUUAUGCUUAAUUUAACGGGAUUGUGUAAAUAUGGCGAGCAAGUAGUUUUGGGGUUAUUUAUCUGUGACUAUACCUCUGUGAAUGGGUGGGGAAUUUAAACCAAGAAGAAGAAAAACGAUCAAAAAGACAAAAAAAAUUACAAACGCUUGACUCUAGAUAGUACCCAAUCUGAUCUUUUUUCUGUUCUUUAUAGACAAGCUGUUAUGGUAAUGGGUAGAAAUUGGUUUCUUGUCCAGUGAUGACCUGAUUUACAUAAAUAAUAAUAAUACGAAUUUAAAAAAAAAAAGAUUGUUGUGUUUUGUUGUAUUUUCCUCUUCAGAUAUUUUUUCCCCUUUUUUAAAAACUAUGUUGGUGCUGCUUCAUUUCUGAAGAUGGAUUUACUUCCGCAGCCAAGACAAAAUCUUUUCUUUCCCAGUCUGGACUUUGGGAAAUUCAGGACCCGGUUCUACAGUGGAAAGAAAUAAACGUUGCUUCUCAGAA